AUUCUGAGAUUCUGUAAUUGAGAAAAAUAAGAGGCAAAAGAAAUAUGGAUCGGUGCCUGAAGUAUCACUCAGUACUCAAGUGUUUGAAACGCUUCCUUUUUGUUCUUGUUAUGUUCGUUCUCUGCAAUUUAUUUGUUGCUGCUGGAGACACCCUCUCUCUCGGGGCUUCUCUCAGGGGAAAGCAGACCAUAACUUCAAAGAAUGGUACGUUUGAAUUGGGUUUUUUUAAUCCCAAUGGAACCAACAAUUGGUAUGCUGGCAUCUGGUAUGCUCAGAUCCCUGUUAAGACCAUUAUUUGGGUGGCUAACAGAGAAACUCCCAUCACAGACAUGCCCGGAGUUGUCACGCUCUCUUCAACUGGUUAUCUCACUGUCUCUGAAAUGCAAGGAAAAGUCAUUUGGUCGAGUAAUGAUACUCAGCAAGCCAAGGCAUCUAGAGCUUCGAUACUGGAUACUGGUAAUUUUGUUCUCUUGGGAGAACAAAACACUUCAGAGACUGUGUGGGAGAGUUUCGCACAUCCCACAGAUCAUUUUAUGCCUACCAUGAAGCUUUGGAAAGGCUUGAAAGUGAACUCUUGGAAGAGUUCAGUAGAUCCAGCUCCUGGGCCCUUCUUUCUCCAAAUGAAUCCAUCCCCAGGAAAGAAAGACUUUUUGCUGCAGUAUAAAAAUGGUGUUUCAUAUUACAGCUCGGGAGACUGGACUGGGAAAUAUUACUCCACCAUGCCGCAAGCAGUAUCUGAUACCUCAUUUGAGCAGGAAUUGGUAGAGUUUUCUCCGACAAGACUCUACUACUCAUAUGAUCUUACGCCCAAAGUUCGUUCGACGACCAUGGUGAGGAAUGUUCUCAACUUUAAGGGCGAGCUAACAGUUUACUAUUUGAUUAAUAAUGCCUGGAGCCUGGUUUAUUAUUCGCCUGUGUUAGAUUGUGUCGUGUAUGGUCUAUGCGGAGCUUAUGGAGUGUGUUCCAAGCAACAAAACAUUCAGUCAUGCAGCUGUAUGGAUGGCUUCAAGCCAAGAAACGCUACUCUCUGGCGUUCUCAGGAGUGGUGGUCAAGCGGUUGUGUUCGGCAUAGUCCAUUAAACUGCUCCUCCGUCAAUGGUACUGGCAGCAGCAGCACCACAGAGGGUUUCCUCCAAGUCAGUGAUAAGUCCUUGGCCGAUCAAGAAGCUGUUCAAUAUACGCAAGAGUCGACUCUACAAGGAUGCAAAACUACUUGUCUCAAAAAUUGUUCCUGCACUGCCUUUGCUUUCAAUAACUCAAAUUCUGCUGUUUGUAAAUUGUGGUUUGGUGAUCUGUUGGGCAUGCAGGCUACUUCUGAAGGCCAACCCUUCUUCAUUCGAUUGGCUGCUUCUGAUGUUGCACAGUUGUCAGCUAACAGAGGAAGAAGCAGCAGAAGAGUAGUUGCACUCUUCAUUUCAAUUCCUUUGGGCGUUGCUGUUUUGAGUAGUCUGUUGAUUGGAGCAUGGUUUUUACAGCGCAGGCGUCGAACGCUGCUUGAGAAAGGCAAGUAUGAAGACGCAUCAAAAUCGCUCAUAACAUUCACCUACAAGGAGAUGAAAAUUGCGACCAACAGUUUCGCCCAUAAGUUGGGGAAAGGAGCAUUUGGGUCUGUCUUCAAAGGUACUCUUCCAGACAAUACACUUGUGGCCGUUAAAAGAUUAGAGGGCUCCGCACAAGCAGAAAAGGAAUUCCGUGCUGAAAUAAGUACGAUUGGAAACAUACAACAUGUGAAUUUGGUGAGGCUCCGGGGAUUCUGCGUGGAUGGAUCUGAAAGAAUGCUUGUUUAUGAGUACAUGCAAAAUGGGUCUCUCAACUCUUUCUUGUCCGGCAAAUCCAGGGAAGAAGACAAGGUAUUAGACUGGAAAACCAGAUUUGGAGUCGCUUUGGGUACUGCAAGAGGGCUGCUUUAUCUUCACGAAGAAUGCAGAGAUCACAUCAUCCAUUGCGAUAUCAAGCCAGAAAAUAUUCUUCUAGAUACGGAUUUCUCUCCAAAAGUGGCUGAUUUUGGUAUGGCAAAGCUUGUUGGCAGAGAUUUCAGCAGAGUUCUGACGACAACAAGAGGAACGAGAGGAUAUUUGGCUCCAGAGUGGCUCUUCGGCUUGCCAAUAACAGUGAAGGUGGAUGUGUACAGCUUCGGCAUGACACUGCUCGAAAUAAUCUCUGGCCGACGAAAUAGUGACUUGACCGUGAAGGAAUCUCAAUACUACUUCCCGACGUGGGCAGCAACUGAAAUUGACAAGGGAAACAUGAUUGGCAUUGUGGAUGAAAGGAUAGCAAACGAGGCGGAUGUUGAAGAGGUGAGAAGAGCAGCUAUGGUAAGCAUUCUUUGCAUUCAAAACGAUGAGAGUGAGAGGCCGAGCAUGGCCCAAGUUGUUCGGAUAUUAGAAGGAAGAUCAGAUGGUGAGGUGGAAUCAUAUGAGAGGUCCUUGCAAGCGCUCGUCGAUGAUCAUUCAACAUAAUAAAGUUGAACAACGGAAGGCUGUUGAAUUGCUGAACUUUCCAACCAUAUACAUAUAUGUCUAAGGGAUUCAGAUUAGUAGUUAAAUAGUGUUUUAGUAGAAAUUUGUAAGUUGUUAUCUGUAUAUUUAUGUUUCUAUUACUAAUUAGAAGUUGAAUAUUAAAAUUAGGUGUAAAUGUUAAUAUAUUAUGAGCUGAAGAAGUUAAAUAGAUUUGAUUUUUUAAUUGAUGAUUUUUUGUUUUAAUAAUAUGAAAUGGGAAAAAAAAUUGUUUUUC